AGAAAUUAAACAGCGAUAUAUAAAGCUAUUUACAGUGUUUCAUAAGCAUUUGAAAAUAAUUCAUGUUAAGCGAAGUGUGACCAGUUAGCAAUUACCUGAAUUUUGGUAUACGUCUUUAGCGCGAAAAUGUUAUUUCCAUUGAUAUUGCGUGUGGUCACUCCCCGACGAACAAAUCAGCUGCUGUAGAAACAAUAAACUCAAUAUACAAAUCAAUUUUGAGCAAAAUGACGGAGUACUGGAAAUCAAAUGAGCGCAAGUAUUGUGACUUCUGCAAGUGCUGGCUAAGCGACAACAAAGCCAGCAUCGCCUUUCAUGAGAGUGGUAAACGACAUAAGUUAAAUGUGGCGAAACGAAUCACGGACAUCAGUCGCAGUAGCGAGAAGGCGGAGCGCGAAAACCAAAAAAUGAAUAUGGAGAUACGAAAAAUGGAGGAGGCGGCCAUGAAGUCUUAUGCACAAGAUAUUCACGGACAUCAUGGCGAUAUGACAGCGCGUUCAAUCCACACAGUGCUCGGGGCCAACGCAGCUGCAUCAUCGAGUGGCAGCAGCAAAUUAAGCUACGGUAAACCGCGGCAAGUGGACCCAAUGCGAUUGGAAGGCGAUUCGGACGAGGAGGAGGAUUCAAGGCGUGUGAAUGUGGAUAAAGUUGGCUCCGAGGCUGUGCCAGAUGCAUCGCUCUGGGUAGAAGGCAAGUCCGAUGAGGGGCACACUUAUUAUUGGAAUGUGAAGACCAAUGAAUCCGUCUGGGAGCCACCCAAGGAGGGCUUUCUAUCUUACGAGGAGUAUGAGCGCAUCAAUCAGCUGGCCAUCAAUCAGCAGGAAAUCACACAGGCUGAGGAAUCACUGCGGUUUCGCGCCAAUGUCGAUGAAGAAGUCGCUCGCUUCAAUCGAGAACGCCAUGCGCAGUUAUAUCGUAAGCCCGAGAGUUCCAAGGAAAAGAAGCAAAAGGAAGAGAAGCGUUUAGAGUUUAAAACGGAAGAGGAGGCGGCUACCAAAGAGAUUGGCCAGUGGCAGGUGGUCGAAACCAAGCCGGCAGCAGCGCCCAUCGAUUGGGAGUUGCCCCAAACCGAUUAUUAUGAUGCGGCGCCGGUUGUCUCUGCUCUGCCAGACUCGGAGCCACCUGUAAAGCGUUUUAAGGAGAAAACGAUAACGACAUUGGAUGCAGGAGCCUCCUCAUCCAGUGGAUCGUCCACUUUUAAGAAGCGCAAAUUUGCUAAUAAAGGCAAUACACGCAAACCUUUAGACGAUUAGCAUAAGAUGUAAACUAGUUUUAGGAUUAAGUACAAAAGCAUUAACAUUUCAAAAUCCCGCCAAGUCUAUUGUGAAUUUUGUUAUUUUGGGUGCUGGGUGCUGCCAAUUUUAUGUUUAAUAUUUAAAGCGUAUGGCCACCCUAACGCGCGAAGCAUUUAUUUGCUACCAUUGUACGGCCACACUGCCAGUCAGUUCAUUUUUCAAGUUCUCGACGUUUGGAUGAGUCGGGUUGUCGGACGGGCGUCUCUUUCUUUCUGUUGUUAUUAAAAGAGAAUUUUGUUGUGCUUAAUUCUGUUAAUAACAACAAACAACAAAAAAAUAAAAA